ACAAGUUUAACAAUACAAAUCACAUCUGUUCACAUAGUGUUAAGGUUUAUCAAAAGGACGGAAGGAUUUUGUGUUUUUUUAGUUUGAUAUUCAGAUCCCGGACAAGGCAGAUUUACUUACGCAAUUAAGUUCCGUGAAUGUUUUUUAAUCGCUCUUUCUCUUAGUUGGAGAGUCAAAAAUGACGUCUUUCCUCUUGUCUGAUCUGCGGAUGUUUCUAAAUUCAAAAAUUCACCAUUUUCGUGUCAAAUGUUGAAUUCUGCUUAGGCCGGUGCUAGGGGGCGUGGAAGGUAACUUGCACUUUCAAGUACCGUCCAUGAACAGGCUCAAUCAAACCGAGCCUGCAACAGUUUCAAUUUUGUUGUGUUGGAGUUUCUUUAGGGAUUCUGUUUUUCUCUAUUUUGAACAAUUAAAAGUCAUAGUUCACUUGAUUACAACCUUGUUUUAAAAAGAAAACAUUUAUUUAUUAAAGUACCACUUCGUAUUUCGUAUUGCAAUUCGUCAAAAAUGAACAAACAAAUAUUUUCAUUUGUGACUGUUUGCAUAAUUAUGGGCUUAUCUUAUCCUUUUGUAAGAAAACACACAGUAAUGUCAUUUGGAGGCUGCAGUCGAGCCGUUAAUGUAAACCAAUACAAAAUUGUCAAAGAAAGGGAUUUACUUGAAUUGAUAAAUACUUGUUCUAAAGAUGGUGUAAAUUUAAAUGGAGGCAAAUCAAACUACGAUUAUCUAAAACGCAAUUUAAAGAAUUUCAAUUGUUCCCAAUCUCUUCGGUUUCUAAGCGCUCCAAGAUCUCUGGUUGCCUUAGCAAGCUUUCCUGGGUCAGGAAAUACCUGGACACGACAAUUAAUAGAAACAGCAACAGGAUAUUUUACAGGCAGUGUAUAUACAGAUUGGAAUUUUGUUGGAUCAAACGAGUGCCCAAGUCGAAGAAGGGUAUUCAUUGUAAAAACUCACCUAACAUCAAACAGUUCGACCAGUCACCGGGACUGUACACGCAUUUAUGUGGCUCAUCUUCAUUUUGCUUGCGCUAUAUGUAUUUUACGUAAUCCCUAUAGUGCCAUUCUUGCAGAAUUUAAUCGAGAAAAUAGCAAUAAUGCGAGGGCACAUUUUGACCCAGGACAUUGGGUUGCACCUAAACAAAUGUUUACAACGAAAAGAUGGAGAAUGUUUGUAUCCAAGCAAGUCAACAGAUGGAAGAACAUGGCACUGUAUUGGAUACAAAAAAAUGAACCGACCUACGUUCUUGUUUAUGAAAGACUGUUAGAAAACACUUUCCUUGAAAUGUCUCGUUUGAUGACCUUUUUAAACAUAACAAUUCAAUAUGAUUCCUUAUAUUGUUUGUCUGCUGAUGACAAUAGAUCAUUCAAAAGGAUCAUUCCACACUGGAUGACAAUCAACAAUGUUUACAGUGAUGAGUUGAGAGAAAUUGUAAACAAAGCUGUCCAAACUGUAAAAAUUGGUAUAGAUUCAAAAUUGAAUCUUAACGGCGUUCUGAAUUCCUAUUUUCUACCAAUUGAAAAUUCAUCUAGGCAGAUGCAGUAACAGCAUUUUGGAAAGUAUUAUCAUUUAAGCCAAUUCUAUAUGUCAUACACUAUUAAUGUCGGUUACUGUAAUUUCAUUUUUAAGUAUUAAUUAGGUGAUUAUCCUGUCAUUGUUUUGAAUUUUGCCUUGUACUGUUUUUGUUUGGGGGUCCUCCUGGUCUCCUUGUCGCUGGUUCUUGAUGCUGGGUCGGGUGGGGGUUGCGUUCAUUGAACACCGCCUUUCCUUGUUGAUCUUGUUCGUCAUUUAUUGUCUCACAAAAGUUUAUGAUACUUCUGUCUUACAUCAAUAUUUCUCCAAAUAGUUAACAAUACACUGUUAUAGUUAUUUAAUUAAUGAUGCUGAGGCUGAUGUUGAUAAGAAUUUGACUAUUGUAAUUGCAUUUUAGUUCAAAUGAUCAAAACUACCCAUGUGUUUGAUGCCAUCAUUGUGACCUGGUGUCGUGCUGGGCUACUUACCGGUGGUCCCGUGUUGCUGGGUCGUGUGGGGGUCGCGUUCAUUGAACGCCGCCCAGAGAACGCCGCUCCUCCUUGACAAUAUUGUUUUCUUUCAUAUUUUAUAACUGAUCAACGGAUUAGUAAUUGUGUUUCAGAUGUGUUAGAUCAGUCACUUUCGUUGUAUUUCCGAAAUACACGUUUUCAUAGUAUUUUAGUCUUCUACUUGCGUUCUUGGUCGUUAAUUGUUGGGAUUUUUACAAGAAUACGCACUUUUGAGAUAUCA